UUUGGGCAAUGUUGCUAGAGGUCAUGGCGGGUGCGGGGUGGGAGCCGGGCAUCGCAGCUUACGAGAGGGCGCGCCCUCGAACCCAAGCAGGUCCGGAAGGCAGAGGUAAUGCAGCAGCCCACAGCCACUGACAGGCCCUGAGCGCAGGUAGCCCUCCUUGCUGAGGCCUCCGCUUCCUGGUGGCGCGGUAGCGGCGGGCGACCCGAUUGGCGGCCAGGCCUGCGCCCCGGCCCGCCCCGCCCCGCCCCGCCGAGCGGGCCUCCGCGCCCUCUCCAGCCGGGCCCUCCCCUUUCCGCGGGAGGCGUCCCGGACAGCGGCUUGGUGGCGCGUAGUUCCCCCUGACUGUGCGUCCCCGCAUCUGGGCUCCUUUGCAGAGGACUCGGUAGCUGCAGCUCCCGGAGCACAGCGGGCAGAGCUGCGGGCUGCGCGCGCCCCUGCUGCCACCGGGCGUCCCGCGGUGGCUCCCGCGCCCCGCGGCGACUUCCGCGCCCGCGCUCCCCUUUGUUCAAGUCCCGGAGCGGCGGCGGGGUCGGAGCCCGUGCCCUGGGCGACUGAGGCGGCCGCAGUCCGCGCCCCGGCGCCCUGGCGAUGCUGGACCAGAUCUCCGUGUCGGAAUUCGUGGCCGAGACCCUUGAAGAUUAUAAGGCGCCCACGGCCUCUUGCUUCACCACGGGCACGGCCCAGUGCCGGGACACCGUGGCGGCCAUCGAUGAGGAUGCAGUGACUUAUGAUGAUGUGCACGUGAACUUCACUGGGGAAGAGUGGAAUUUGCUGGAUCCUUCCCAGAAGAGUCUCUACAAAGAUGUGAUGCUGGAGACCUACUGGAACCUCACUGUUAUAGGCUACACUUGGGAAAACCAUCAUAUUGAAAGACAUUGUCAAAGUUCAAGAAGAAAUGAAAGGUAUGUAAGCAAUCAUAGUGGAGAGAAACUCUAUGAAUGUAAUGAACGUUCUAAAGCCUUUUCAUGUCCCAGUCAUCUGCAAUGUCAUAAAAAAAGACAAAUUGGAGAGAAAACACAUGAACAUAACCAAUGUGGUAAAGCCUUUCCAACACCCAGUCAUCUUCAAUAUCAUAAAAGAACCCAUACUGGAGAGAAACCUUAUGAAUGUCAUCAAUGUGGUCAAGCCUUUAAAAAAUGCAGUCAUCUCCAACGUCAUAAAAGAACACAUACUGGAGAGAAACCCUAUGAAUGUAAUCAACGUGGUAAAGCCUUUGGAAGACCCAGUCAUCUUCAAUAUCAUAAGAGAGCACAUACUAGAGUAAAACCCUAUGAAUGUAAUCAAUGUGGUAAAGCUUUUACAAGUCACAGUGGUUUCCAAUAUCAUAAAAGAACACAUACUGGAGAGAAACCCUAUGAAUGUAAUCAGUGUGGUAAAGCUUUUGCAUGUCACAGUUAUCUUCAAUGUCAUAAAAGAAUACAUACUGGAGAGAAACCCUAUGAAUGUAAUCAAUGUGGUAAAGCCUUUGCACAACUCAAUAAUCUCCUAUGUCAUAAAAGAACACAUACUGGAGAGAAACCCUAUGAAUGUAAUCAAUGUGGGAAAGCCUUUGUACUACUCAGUAGCUUCCAAUUUCAUAAAAGAACACAUACUGGAGAGAAACCCUAUGAAUGUAAUCAGUGUGGUAAAGCCUUUGCAAGUCACAGUUAUCUCCAACGUCAUAAAAGAACACAUACUGGAGAGAAACCCUAUGAAUGUAAUCAAUGUGGUAAAGCUUUUACAAGUCACAGUGGUCUUCAAUAUCAUAAAAGAUCACAUACUGGAGAGAAACCCUAUCAAUGUAAUCAAUGUGGGAAAGCCUUUGCAGAUCACAGUAUUCUCCAGUAUCAUAAAAGAACACAUACUGGAGAGAAACCCUAUGAAUGUAAUCAAUGUGGUAAAGCCUUUGCACAACUCACUAAUCUCCAAUAUCAUAAAAGAACACAUACUGGAGAGAAACCCUAUGAAUGUAUUCAAUGUGGUAAAGCCUUUGCAAGACCCAGUCUUCUCCAAUUUCAUAACAGAACACAUACUGGAGAGAAACCCUAUGAAUGUAAUCAAUGUGGUAAAGCCUUUGCACUACUCUUUAGUUUCCAAUGUCAUAAAAGAAUACAUACUGGAGAGAAACCCUAUGAAUGUAUUCAUUGUGGUAAGGCCUUUGCAAGACCCAGUCUUCUCCAGUUUCAUAAAAGAACACAUACUGGAGAGAAACCCUAUGAAUGUAUUCAAUGUGGUAAAGCCUUUGCAAGACCCAGUCAUCUCCAACAUCAUAAAAGAACACAUACUGGAGAGAAACCCUAUGAAUGUAAUCAAUGUGGUAAAGCCUUUACAAGUCACAAUGGUCUCCAAUGUCAUAAAAGAACACAUACUGGAGAGAAACCCUAUGAAUGUAAUCAAUGUGGUAAAGCCUUUGCACGUCACAGUAAUCUCCAACAUCAUAAAAGAACACAUACUGGAGAGAAACCCUAUGAAUGUAAUCAAUGUGGGAAAGCCUUUGCACAACUCAGUAGUUUCCAACGUCAUAAAAGAACACAUACUGGAGAGAAACCCUAUGAAUGUAAUCAGUGUGGUAAAGCCUUUGCACGUCACAGUUAUCUCCAAUGUCAUAAAAGAACACAUACUGGAGAGAAACCCUAUGAAUGUAAUCAAUGUGGUAAAGUCUUUUCACAACACAGUCAUCUCCAAUGUCAUAAAAGAACACAUACUUUCCCGAUAUAGCUGUCUCCUGUGAGGCUAUUCCAGUGCUGAGCAAAUACAUAAGUGGAUGCUCACAGUCAUCUGUUAGAUGGAACACAGGGCUCUCAAUGGAGGAGCCUGAGAAAGUACCCAAGGAGCUGAAGGGGUCUACAACCUUAUAGGUGGAACAACAAUAUAAACUAACCAGUAAUCCCCAGAGCUCAUGUCUCUAGCUGUAAAUCUAGUAGAAGAUGGCCUAGUCUGCCAUCAUUGGGAAGAGAGGCCCCUUGGCCUUGCAAACUUUAUAAGCCCCAAUACAGGGGAACUCCAAGGCCCAGAAGUGGGAGUGGGUGGGUAGGGGAGCAGUGCGGGGGGGGGAGUGUAUAGGGGAACUGUCUGAAUAGCUUUUUAAAUGUAAAUGAAGAAAAUAUCUAAUAAAAAUUGAAAUAUAAAAAAAACAUACUGGAGAGAAAUAUAUGAAUGUAAUCAAUGUGGUAAAGCCUUUUCACAAUUCAGUAGUCUCCAAUGUUAUAAAAGUACACAUACUGGAGAGAAACCCUAUGAAUGUAAUCAAUGUGGUAAAGCUUUUGCAGGUCACAAUCAUCUCCAAUAUCAUAAAAGAAUCCAUAAUGGAGAGAAACCUUAGAAAUAUAAUCAAUGUUAUAAAAGCCUUUUCACAAAGUUAUUGUCUCUAUAAUCAUAAAAGAACCCAUAUUCGAUAGAAACCUUAUGAAUGUAGUCAAUGUGCUAAAGCCUGUGCAUAUCCCACUCCUCUUCAAAAUGUUAAAGAUUCCACACUGGAAAGAAACCUCAUGAAUGUAAUCAAUGUGGUAAAGCCUUUUUGCAACUCUAUAGUCUCCAUUAUUUUUAAAGAACACAUAGAAGACAGAAACCUUUGGAAGGUAAUCGGUGUUGUAAAGCAUUUGAUGUCACGGUCAUCUAUGAUGACAUAAAAGAUCACAUACAAGUGAGAACCCAUGUGAAUGUUAUGAACGUAGUAGAACCUUUGCAUGUCAGAGUUCUUUAGGCAUACACAAGACAAAUCACACUGCAGAGAAAGUCCAAUUUAAAUGUUUGCUUUUCUGAGAGUUGGUUUGGUCAUGAGAUCUGUUCCUAGCCAUUGAAAGGCUGAGGGAGAAACCCUCUGAGUAUAUUUAGUAUGGUAAAGCCUUUGCACAAUUUUGUAGUCAUUUUCAUCAUGGAAGAAAUUGAACUGGGUAGAAACAUUGUGAAUAUAUUUAGUAUGGUGAAGCUUUUUCAUUGAACUUCUUUUUAUGUAUAUUUUUCUUUUUAUGAGAAUAUUCAUACUGGAGACAGAUGCUAUGAAUAUCAGCAAUGUGGUAAAGCUUUUAAGUUGUUGGGUCCAGUCAGGUUCAACACAACUCACACUCCAGGACAAUGCAAAUGAUAAGAAUUUAUUGGGCUGGGUGGUGUUGGUGCACUCCUUUAAUCCUAGCACUCUGGAGGUGGAUGCAGGCAGAUUUCUGAGUUCGAGUCCCAACUAGUCUAGAGUGCGUUCCAGGACAGCCAGGGCUCCACAGAGAAACCCUGUCUCAGAAAAAAAAAUUAUUGGAAACAUACUCAGAAGUUUAUCUUCAAAACCCCACCGCCCACACCCAACCUGAGACAGAAAGUUGUAUAAUUUUCAAACACAAAAGCCUCAAAGUCCUAGGCCAAUUUACAGCUACAUUUUCUCCCAAAUCAAAACUUAUUUUUAUUGAAUGAGUCAAUAAAUGUUGAUUGCUAACUCUU